UUGUUCCUGUACUAGGGUACUUAGUGGAGGUGCUUAAAACAUACCUUUUAUUUUUUGGUAUGUUGGUAGCGUAGUGAAAUCUCCUGGUCUUAUGUCAGUGCAAAGUGGAGGGGAAGUUGGUCAGAAAUGUCACAAUUUUUUAAUCCUUAUUUGACCACCAAGUAUUUAAACGUGCUUUCUCCUCUAUGAACGAUUUGUUUUGUGUUUACUUAGUUUUUUUGCAAAGUUAUGUAAUAAGACGAAAAAAUCGUGUUUUUGAGGGCUCCCCAUGUGUUAAUUUUAUCGUAGGAUUUUAUGUAUUAAGUGUUUAAGUAAAUGAUUUCAAAAAUUAAUGUUUUAAUAUUAAGAAGAUGAUAUGCUAGGUUUAUAAUAUAAUAAUUUUAACAUGACAAAUAAUAAAAUGGCUUAUAAUAUUGAUUGGAUUCUUCCUAACCUUAGAAAUCCAACCAAAUUAUGGAGCAUUGCAAGUUCAAUUACUGUAGCUGCUGUAGGACUUUUUAGCAAAAUACUUAUACAAUGGCUAAAUAAAACAAAAAUUCACAAUAGACACAUAAUAGCAGAUUUGCUGGACUCCAGGCCAAAAAAUGUUCCUUUAAUAACAGUUUCAAACCAUCAUUCUUGCUUUGAUGAUCCAGGAAUAUGGGGAACUCUAAAACUAAAACACCUAUUUAGUCCGUCCGUGAUGCGUUGGUCCCUAGCGGCCCACGACAUUUGUUUUACCUGUUGGCAACACUCCUACCUGUUUAGUUUGGGCAAAUGCAUACCGGUCAUACGAGGCGCUGGCGUCUACCAGGCCGCCGUCGAUUUUUGCAUCGAGCAACUCGCCAAGGGCGGCUGGGUGCACGUGUUUCCAGAAGGCAAAGUGAACAUGACCAAAGAAAACAUCCGGCUGAAGUGGGGCGUGGGUCGUAUGAUAUUCGAAUCGCCCGUGACGCCCAUAGUGGUGCCGAUUUGGCACACGGGCAUGGAUGACGUGUUGCCAAAUGACCCGCCUUACGUUUUGCAACUGCGCAAAAAUUUGACCUUUAACUACGGGGAUCCCAUCGACAUGACGCAUAUGGUGAAGAUGCUGCGCGCCAAAAAUGCCACCGAAGAGGAGGCGCGCAAACACAUCACCGACUUUCUGCAAGAUCGGUUGUUAAAACUAAAAUCAGAAACAGAGGUGCUACACAAGGAUAACUUUAAAGCGAAAUCAUGAUGUCCCUAACAAUAGAAAUAAUUUAUUUAUUAUUAUUUUUUAACUGUGACUGCUAGAUGUCUGCAAAACGUGAUUAUUAAUUAUUGUUAUUAUCUAAUUAAUGCAACAGGGGUACAAUUUUCUCUGUUACUUUUAUUAAGUUUUAAAACCAGCCGUUUUAAAUUACGUAAUGCUAGUCAUUGUAGAAUAUUAUAUUGCCAUUUUGUGUCUAUUUAUAUAUACACAUACAAAUAUAUUUUUAAGGUUUAUUUACUAUGCAAAAACAACAGUAAAUAAAUAUUGUGAGCUACGUACUAUGACUUUUUGACAUACUUAAUAAUAUUGCUUAUAGGUAGAAAAAAUUGUUUUUGGAUAGUAAGCACUGUAGUUUAUUAGGUAUUGUCUAAUAAAUUUACAUACAUUUUCUGUCAAAAUUUAAAUUUUUUAGGGAAAUUUACAUUGAUCAAAAUAAUAUUUUUUAAAGCAAGACAAUGAAAAAAAUGAACGCAAUAAAAAACACUAUAUUCUAAAUUUAACAAAAUUUAAAUGUCUUUAUUUUUAAAAGUCAGGGAUUAUAAUAUAAGGGGGGUUUUAAGGGUCGAAAUGUAUUGGCUGUAUAAUAUAGGUUUGUUCCUAAAAGAGUCCCAAAAGUGUCUAAAAAGUCAGACGACUGCACGUUUUUAGACACCCCCACUCUUGUAGGAAAAAACCUUAUAUAAUAAUUAAAAGUUAGGACUUGUUUUACUUUGUCAUCAAAGUAAUUUAAAUGUGUCUAUUUUCGUAUAUAUAAUUAAUCAUUAACGCAAUAAAAUACCAUAUCUAAUUUAAACUUUGCUAAAUGAAGUAGUUUAAAUAUCGCAAUUUGUUAGAUUUUAUAUUAUAAUAACUAUUAUUCAGGAGUUAGAACUUUUUGUAAUUUUCUAUCUCUUGAAGUUCCUGUUUGAACCAUUUUGUUAAUUAAUUAAUUAAUUUGUUAUGCAGCGUGCUUUUACAAAACGCGUUUUAUGUUGUAUUUUGCAGUAUUCUUGUUUUUUAAUUUUUGUAUUCAAAAUUCAUUCCAAUUCCAUUUUUACAUUUUUGUUUACUGUAACACAAAAUACCUCUUUUAAUUUUUUUUUUGAUAAUUUUGUUAUACAAUUCGUUAAAAAUGAUUUACGGUUGUUGUGAAUAUUUUUUAUUUAAUAAAUUGUAAAUA